CUGAAUUAUCCAAGAAAAUUUUGUAGUGAUUGCGCUGAGCGACUUUUGAGCCUAUUCUUUUCUGAUGAAGUGCGAGGAGCAAAGGAGUUACUUGUAUUGCUUUGUGAAGGGUCAACCGACAUGAGAGACAGGAUGGGAGAAGCAGGUGCCAUACAAAAAAUUAUUGAAUCUUCUGAUGAGAGUUCGUUGAACUGCAGGUUGUUGGCAGCCUUUGCUCAGGAAGCAUGGGGUCGUGCGGCCUUACGAGAGUUUGGAGCUCUGGAUUUUCUCAUCUCGCGUUUGGCAUCAUCAUCUUCAAACUCCAUUGAUCGCCUAGCAAUCGUACAACCACUUCGGCAUUUUGUUCACGAUACAAACGGUAUGGCUUUUUUGGUCCGAAACAAGAUUUUUGUGGACACUGUUGUGAGGGAUGUGGCCGAGUUCAUAGCUAGUAAUAAGCUUAUAUGUGAGCCAGAAAUCGUUACCGCUGAAGACGAGUUUCGACCAGAUAGUCCUCUUCUCAUGGAAAUAGAAUCUUAUCUGCAGAAGAAGGGCGAUAACGAUGAGGAUUCUCGUGAUUCACGUCUUCACAAGGAUUACUCGUCUCUUUGGGCCUAUUCGACGCCUUCUCCUAACAGAUCGUCUUUCAGUUCGCCAAUGUAUAGUCCUCCUUCUAGUGGAGCUGGAAGUCCGGUAUCUGGUUUUGGCAGCAGUCCCUUGGCAAGUCCCUUCUCUCAGCGAAGGACAGCCAGCGAAUCAACUUCGGAAAUGCCAGACCUAGAGUCAUCCGCAGGAAAUUUAGAGGCACGCCAGGAGCGGACGAUGCUGUGUGCUUACGGACCUGCGGAGAAGUGGUGGAUGCACAUAAUUGAAAGUGAGCUUUGGUUGCUUACAUGGCAAGCGCAAGAGGAUGGCAACUUACCAUUCCUUUGCAGGGACGAUAUAGUGGUUAGUUCAAUGCUGUACUUUCCUAUCUCGCUUUCGCUCCUUCUCCUGAUUAUCGAAUUGGACGAGUUCUACGAAGGAUGGCUAGCUACAGACCGUCAAUAG